AUGACGCAUGCCCGGAAGAAACAACUUUUCCUUCUGAAGCAUCCAGCUGGUUCUGCUGGCCAAGCUUCAUCAGCGACGGGCAGCAGGAGGAUGGACAGGACCGACGCAGAGUGUGGCGAGCAGAGAGACGGAGAUGCCACCGAGGCUCCGAACUGUCCCAGUGGGUUUGUGGGGACGAGCAAAAGCAAGAAUUUGCAUGAAGUGCGAAAGACGUACCCACUGCGGAGACGGCUGCUCCCCUCGGUGAACAAAAAGACCUGCAAAGUGCUCCUCACCAGGCUGGAGGAUGUGGCUGGGUCUCUGUCGAAACAGACCCAGAGCUGUAAAAAAAAGGACCUUCCCAGCUGGAUGGAGGGUUUGGGACCUGCUUUGUUCUCCGAACAAGUUCAGCCUGCGGGAGCAGGGAAGAGUGAUUCAUCUGGGGAAAAGUGCACAAUAAGUUAUCCAGGGACGGAGCAAGACCUUGAUACUGCUCCUUCAGAGCCCAGGAAGCGCAGGCUGGCCUCGCUGAACGCAGAGGCCGUGAACAAUCUGCUUUUUGAACGGGACGAUGGCUUAUUAUCCGGCAGGCGUUUUCGGAGGGACUCCGUUAAAGCCGGUGGAGACUGUACCGGUAAGAGCUUGCAUUGCAAAGCCGGUGACAACUGGCCCGCGCUGGAAAAAACAGCUGUGAAAACAGGGAAAGGAAAAAACCGGCCCGAGCCCAGUCAGAAAUGCAAUAGCUGUGACCAUUCACUGGAUGAGGUCUUUGAUGAUGGGGCGAAGAGGGAGGAUGGUGCCAUCUCCUAUCAUCCCACCCCAAAGAGACUGGCCAGCCUGAAUGCCGUGGCCUUUCUGAAGCUGACCCAUGAGAAAGACCAACCCCUGAAGCAGAGGAGUAAAUCGGACGGAGAGGGCAAGUCCGAGAACCACUGUUCAAAAUCUACGCUCAAAUGGGCCAAAGCCGGUAGGAAGAAUUGCGUCAAAUCCAAGAAGGAAGCGGCUAGCUUAAAGAUGGAAGGUCCGCACGGCUGGCGAGGGCUCGCGCUGGGCGCCUUUGGGAAAGGGGAGCAGCGGGACUCCUCUAGGCUCUACGGGACGACAGAGCCCGUCCCUUACGAGUCGCUGUCUAGCUCCUAUGCUAGCACAGAGGGUUUCUACCACAGACUGCCUUUGCUCAUGGGUGGCCAAGCUUCCAUGAAGCCCGAGUAUGGAAGACCCGGAGAGAAAUCCCCCACCCCCAAACAGGAGUUUCAUCAGCCUUCCUUUCCCGUGCAGCAGUUCCCUCCCUUGCCCGUGCCCGGAAAUCACACGGAUUGUGGAUGUCUCUACGAAUCCUCGGAUCUGACUCCCUUGAACGGGUUUUACGUUUGUUAUGGCCAAAGUGGAUACAGUGGCUACUCUCACUGCUCCGUUUACCCCAAGGACGAGCUUUCGCAGUCUGCUACCUGCGAGGGGCUCUUGGUAUCGCCCGGUUCCUUGCCAUCAGGUGCUCACUUCCAGCCACUCCCCUGGUGUAACUCCCCGUACUGUUGUGGAGAAGGACCGGCCAUUAACAGCUACAGCGUCUGCGGAGUGGUGCACGUGCCGGAGGGCAGGAUUAGCAGCGUGCACGCGGGACGGAACAGCUACCCCUACAAAAUGCCUUUUGCAGCAGAAGGCUGCAAGUCUCUGGACCAGCUGAACCUCACAAUCCCUGUGGCAGGGCACCCCCCCUCCCCUGCCCACCCGCUCUCAGGAUGUCCUGUGCCCAGCGUGCCACCGGCUGCAGAACCCGUUCCUCAUCUGCAGACCCCCAACUCUGACCCUCAGACCAUGGCCCGAGAAUGUCCGCAGAGCUCAAAGCCUCCCAGCGGCUCCAAAUCCGGUCUCCGAAAUACCACGGGCUGUCUCCACGCCUCUGACAGCAAAGCGGCGGGAGGUCAUUCCCAUCCAAAGCAGCAGCGCAUUAGCAGGCGGAGAGCUACCAAUGGCUGGAUACCCGUUGGCACCGCCUGCGAGAAGGCCGUCUACGUUGUGAAUGAACCAGAGCCGGCUGUUCGCAAGAGCUAUCAGGCCGUGGAGAGAGACGGGGAGAUUAUCCGGGUACGAGAUACUGUCCUCUUGAAAUCCGGACCCCGGAAGAAAUCGAUGCCGUACGUUGCGAAGAUAUCAGCACUGUGGGAAGACCCCAAAACAGGGGAGCUGAUGAUGAGCCUCCUGUGGUAUUACAGACCGGAGCACACUCAGGGAGGCCGCAACCCCAGUAUGCACCAGAAUGAGAUCUUUGCAUCCCGGCAUCAGGACGAAAACAGUGUUGCCUGCAUAGAGGAGAAAUGCUACGUGCUGACCUUUGCAGAGUACUGCAGAUUUUGUGCCUUGGCAAAGCGUCGAGUCGAAGGGAUCCCAGGCAGGAAAACCAUUAUGGUUCCUCCCUCGGAAGAGUACUCCACACCUCUGCACCGCAAGGUGCCCGAGGACACUGACCCCGAGCUGGUUUUCCUCUGUCGUCACGUCUACGACUUCAGACACGGGCGCAUCUUGAAGAACCCGCAGUAGCACCAUCGGGGGUGGGGAGGGGGGGCGGCGGGGAGCCGGCGGCAGGCUGGCGGUCUGGGACAUCUCUGCGCUCUCGGCGACUUCCCGUGUGCUGCUUGCAGACGAGAGCGCCCAGCGCUCUUUCCUCGGACUGAAAAGCGUGCGCAGGAGCGGAUCCCUGUGGAGGAGGAAGGCAGCAGUUGAAAGCACAGCACUUCAUUAAAAGCAUAAAUGAAAAUAUAUACGUAUAAAAUAAAUAUAUGUAUAUAGAUA